UAAAAUUACUCAUGGAAAAGAUUCUUAAGUCCGGAUUUACAGCUCAACUGGUGAAACUUCAGGAGGCUCCUUACAGCUAUAUAAGUAUACAAGGAGGUCCCCUUCAACAGCCGUCUCCCUGUCAGGUCUCUGUUCUGGACUCUUUUAACAGCCUCUGUCUCCCUCAGCUCCCUUAUUCCACCCGUUCAGGUCGUGAAAGCUGAAUCUGUUGAACGUCAGACACGUGCCAAGAUGAUGCGGUGUAAACCAUCACAUUUGGCUGUUGACCGUCUGCAGUUAUCAAACCCGCUGGUAACUGGCUCGUAAGUUCCUGCUGGGCAAGUUCUUCACUGAGUGCCCCCACCCCCGUGGCUGUGACGUUCUGCCCCUCCUGUCUCUCUCCGUGGCCUCUCCGAAUUCCUGAAGACCGUUCCGCAGUUGCACACAACUGUCGAAGCCUCAGGUAGACACACAAAGGGAGCAGCCUCCCCACUGGUGUCUUCUGAUUCUCAACGUGGCAUCUUUCACUUGCUUCUGGUGUGAUAAAGCCAGUCAACUCACACAUUCUUGAGCACAUUCCUUGGUGUCCUGUGCAGUCUGUCCCCUUAAGAGUCUAGGACGAUGUCUGGAGAACUUCCUCCGAACAUUAACAUCAAGGAACCUCGAUGGGAUCAAAGCACCUUUGUUGGACGAGCCAAUCAUUUCUUCACUGUGACAGAUCCCAGGAAUAUCCUGUUAACCAACGAACAACUAGAGAAUGCAAGAAAAAUAGUGCAUGAUUACAGGCAAGGAAUUAUUCCUCCAGGUCUUACAGAAAAUGAAUUAUGGAGAGCAAAGUACAUCUAUGAUUCAGCUUUUCAUCCUGACACAGGUGAAAAGAUGAUUUUGAUAGGAAGAAUGUCAGCUCAGGUUCCAAUGAACAUGACCAUCACAGGUUGUAUGAUGACAUUUUAUAGGACCACACCGGCGGUGCUGUUCUGGCAAUGGAUCAACCAGUCCUUCAACGCCGUGGUCAAUUACACCAACAGAAGCGGAGACGCUCCCCUCACUGUAAAUGAGUUGGGAGCAGCUUACGUUUCCGCAACAACUGGUGCCGUGGCAACAGCUCUAGGACUUAACGCGUUAACCAAGCAUGUCUCACCACUCAUAGGACGUUUUGUUCCCUUUGCUGCCGUGGCUGCUGCUAAUUGCAUUAAUAUCCCAUUAAUGAGGCAAAGGGAGCUCAAAGUUGGCAUUCCCGUCACAGAUGAGAAUGGGAACCGCUUGGGUGAGUCAGCCAACGCUGCAAAACAAGCCAUCACGCAAGUCGUCAUCUCCAGGAUUCUAAUGGCAGCCCCGGGCAUGGCCAUCCCUCCAUUUAUCAUGAAUACUUUGGAGAAGAAAGCCUUCCUAAAGAGGUUCCCGUGGAUGAGCGCACCUAUUCAAGUUGGAUUAGUUGGCUUUUGUUUGGUAUUUGCUACACCUCUGUGCUGUGCUCUGUUUCCUCAGAAAAGUUCCAUGUCUGUGACAAGCUUGGAGCCUGAUUUGCAAGCCAAGAUCCAAGAGACCUAUCCUGAAUUACGACGUGUAUACUUUAAUAAGGGGUUGUAAAGUAGCGGAAGAAACUCUACAGCUUAUACCGCCUACUGCAAACCUGGUGAGGAAAAGCCUGUUCGACCUGGGUUCUCCCAGUUACAGAAACCUUUUAAAGACCCACAUUAGCCUUUUAGAGUCAAGCUGCUACUUUCAGCACAGCACCUGGUACGGGCCAGGCGCCCAACAACCUGUUGGCUCCCUUACAUUUGAAUCACGAUGUAAUUUACAGAAAUACCCUUCCUCUAGCUUUUAUAGUAAUUGUUUUCCAAAGACGAUAUACCAGCCUUCACCCAGAGUUUUAAAAAGCACUGCUAGGCAUAGAGUAGAUGUUCAGCAUUACGCUCAAUAAAUAUGUAUUGACUGUCAGUGAGUGGAAAGGAAAUCUGUUUGAAAUACUGAAUUUUUUACCCCAUUCUUGUUUCAAAUCACUCAGCAGUGAUUGGAGAAAACACAAAAGCUCUGAGCCUAAGCUAUAAAAAGUGACUCAUAAAUAUUAAGGACGUUUGCUUCCACUUUGGGCAGUGCGUAACCCAAAGUAGAUGUGGAGCCUUUUGGAUUUAUAGGGUAAAAGCUCUUCCAUCUACUUCCCGAAAGUCACAGUAACAGACAAAUGUGAUGAGCCAUCCCAGCUGUCAGCGGCUAUGUGCGUUCAUAUCGCUGGUAGAUUUCUUUGGUUGACUCUGAAAUUUAUUCUGUUUUACAUACCUGUGAAGUUAAUCUUACUUUGCACUUGUUGACUUUAUAUUCAAUUAUUUACGUCAAAUCAAAUAACUGAAAUGCACAAAUGUCUAAUUUUGGAAGUAUGUUCAAUACUGUAUGACUGGGUUGGAUCUGCUUUUAUUUGAUCUUUUUAGCAGUGAGAGCACAGGUCCAUCUAGCUACAUAUCUUUUCUUCUCUUGGACCCCUUCGGCUCUCAGAAAGAUACGGAAAUAAUGUGUGUGUGAAUCAGUGACAAAUGAAUUGUACUUGAAUAUUGUGUGUUACAUUCCACCCUGUUUGACAACAAGGAGUCCAUGGACCACUGUUUACAUCAUCUGUAGUAGCUUCACAUAUGUUUAAUGUAACAUUAUGUUUCAAGUCUGAAGAUGUUCAAGGCCUGUGCUGGGUGGUGGCUGUGUGGAGUGAGGCCACUCAGUUCGAUUGUAAUUCAGAGACUUGUAAGUGGGAGGGAAAAAUGUAGAAACUAGUUUUGACAGAUUUUUCCAGACAAUGUGACCAGACUGAAUUUCCUCAUAAAGAAAAAAUGGUGUGCCUUGUGUCUGUGUUUCUCUUUUCUCUGAAAUGAUUAAAGGAUCUGAAGCUUGGGGCCACUCUGAACCUUCCUUUGUGCCACCAGAAUUUUCUCAUUUAGAUUUUCUGUCUGAAACCAUUUGAGGCAAACUAGCUUUCCCAUGCCAUGCUGGCCUUGGAUGUGUUUUGCUGCCAUAGAUGCUUCUCUUUAAAAAGUAGGAAGAGCCUGAAAUUCAAGGCAGAUCUUCAUGAGGUGCUGAAAAGGUGCUUUUUAAGGAGAAACCGAAACCCUCCCUCCCCCAAACAACCUGCCCUGGUUAAUCUCAGAAUUCUUACUCCCCAACCCCCUUAACUGUUGGCUCCAUCUCAGUAUCUUAACCUUCCCUGAGAAAUUCAUCAGCAGCCAGCUCGAAGGUUGAUGAACUGUAACUGAAACUGUAUACACACCAGGAAGGGAUCAUGAACACAGAGACGUGUCUUUUUAAACAUUAUUAACCGAAGCUUCCAACUCUUGAUGCUUUUAUAUAGAAAUAUGAACUGUAUUGUUUAAUCGUGGUUUAUAAAAAGGAACAAAUGAACCAAGAUUGGCAAUUUUGCUGAUCUCUUAGACAUACCUUUUCUGGAGAAAAAUCCUACAUGAAGUGCAAUGAGCUUAUAAAGGUAAAUAGAUACCCGUAUUUCUAUCAACGUCAUGAGGAAUUACGAUCGUGCGUAUUUACUGACUGCUAGUUUUUAUUUCAGUAUUAACACAGCGUCUCGCCAGUGUUGGAAUCAAUGUAUUAUUUCAGUUCAACUGGAUGAAAUGUUAAAUAAACUCAGAACGAAAAUAAAUUCUCUCUUUUAUUUGUAUGUAAAGGGUAAUACAGUUUUAUGGUGCAGCUGAUGGUCCCUUUCGUUCAGACUUAACAUCUGGGUACCGGCAGUAACUCCUGACGAAUGAGAUUUUGUAUUAUGCGUUCAGCAGGAAAUACUUUCCUGUCUUUGGCUCCCAGCCUUCCACCUUCGGGAACACCAGAACACCGAGCACAAGCUCCCUCCCAGCCCACACAGAGUAAUUCGAGGAAUGUUUGUUAUUAUGAGCACAGGGGGGACGUGUGAUUCUGCUGUAGGUCUGGAUAACGAACACCACUGCACCCAGUGGGGAGGUAAAUUCGCUCUCGGGUUGUUUGUCAGAUUCUAAUGUGGAAACAGCCUAGGAUAUAGUUCACAAAGAAAAAUCUCAAUGAGUCCAACUGGGGAAUGCAUGCUUUAUGACCAGGUUAAUAAAGGAUUGAGCGUUUUAACCUUGUUCCAGUCUCUGCAUCUGUUUUGCUACCGUAACUCUGCUCAUCACUUAGUGAGUUAGCUAUAUACAAGAGCUUGGGUCUAGAGGUCAGAGCUGGUGUAAUCUUGGUUGUACCCACUCUUAAAAUACAUGUGGUUGGGUGACUGACAUUCUCCGUGACCUUCAGUUUUGUUCAUUUGCUCUGGUUUUGGAGAAAAUCACUGAAUGCACCUGAGAGAGUCGUGAAUGAACAAGAGCGCCCCUUUACAGCAGUUAGCAUGUUGCCUGGCACAUAGUGAACUCAACGAAUGCUUGCCUGGAGCGAAUUUAUUUGUUCUAGAGACACUGCUUGUCCAUUCAGCAUACCAGCUUAUCGGUGUUCUUGGUAAGAUUUCAGAACCCCAGCAACUUCCCCAGAGUUAACCCACAACCUCACUAGAAGUAUACCAGGUUAAAAUGGUGAAAUGGAGACACUUGAAUCCAUCCCGUUAAAAGGUCCAACAACUAAGGUUUUGCCCAGACGCAACAAAGGUAGGAAAAGUCUCUGCUCGCAAAUGAGCAAACUGGGGCUUCCAGUGGUGAAGUGCAAGCUCAAGACCACUCCCGGGUGCUUGAAAACUACAGCUGGAGCCGACAUCUGACCCCCAGACCUUCGGCCCUCUCCAAAAAUGUAAGCGACUAGAAUACUCGAAUAAAAUUAAUUUUUCCUUCAUGUAUGCAGAAUUUCACGGAAAGCUGGAGAAUAAGCUUAUGUUUGGUAGUGAUGACUAUACGGUGUCCCUUCAAACAUAGAUACUCCAAGUGUGGUCCAUAGACUGGAACAGCCAAGUCUGUUAGAAUGUGAGUUCUGGGGCCCCACCCCCAGACCUCUACUGAAUCAGAACCCACAGGAGCCCCAGGAGCCCUGUUGCCGUCACAGUGUGAGAAGUUCUGGCUGUAGCCACAUCUCAGGUGUUCCCAGAGAUCUGAGCGUCAUUGGGCUCAUCUCAAGAUCCACUUAACAAUUUUCUAGGAAUUUGCAUAUUUUGCCCCUCACAGGAUUCUAAGAAAGUAUCAAGGCUCAAUGUUGACACACUUAGGGACACAGUAUCAAUAAGCUUACGAGGGCAGGGACGUCUGUUUUGUCCACUGACCUAUCUCCAGCACCUAGAGCAGUUGGUGCCAGCCGUGGGUCCGCGUGAGACGGGGUUCACACUAGACCCUUUCCGGGAGUCUGAAAAAGCGUCCUCUUGUUUCCUUGCAGAAAAGAAUCCAUUUUGUGUCACGAAGAGGAGGUCAUCACCAGGAUGUGGAAAGAACAGGGAAGGUGAGCUUUUCUGGGAACAGAGCCCGAAACAAACACUGUCCCUGGGAAGUGAGAAGGGAAAUGGCAGCAAGCAAGCUGCAACCAUCGUUACGGGGGUGCCCCUCCCUCCCCGGGGGCGCCCCUGCCCCUAAAGCCUCUGGAGCAGAAAGGGCACUUGGGAUGACACACGUUUAAUCCUCAAGAAACCUGCUGUAUCCCCAUCUGUGAGAGAAGGAAUUUGAGGCUCAGGGAGGUGCACUGACUUGUCUCGUGCUGCACAGCGGCCUCACCACCAUCUCCGUCCUGGUCUGUCAGACUCAACUGUUUCCCACUGCGUUGCAUGGAUCCCAAGUGGCCUUCUUCUCCUCGUCCUCCUUUCUUCCUCCUUCCUUCCUCCUCCUUCUUCCUCCUUCUUCUUCUUCCAUAUGUCACUCCUUAUAAUUCCCCCAAGGGUUUUCUCUCCAUUCAAAAGUCAGGAAACAGACUUGAAGACGUGGAAUCACUUGCCACAAACCUAACUUGGUUCAUUCAAAGGACUACGGGAGACGACGCACAUUCCCACAUACACACCCACACAUACACAAGGUGUGUGGAACCUAUAGGUCAGCAAGAUCAUUUCCAGGUAGAGCCCCAAAUUAAAGUAAGAGUGGGGAGACGUGGUUCUCAAAAUGUGGUCCCUGGACCAGCAGCAGCAUGAAAAUUAGAAAUGCAUGUUCUCAGGCCCUUCCCAUAAGUACUGAAUCCGAAGCUCUGAAGUUGGUGGCGGGGGAAGGGGACCGGCCAACAUUUAGCAAGCCCUCUCUGAGUGAUUCUGAUCCAUCCAAGGUUGGGCCACUAGGUGGAUGCUUGGAUGCUUGGAUGCUCGCUGCAGCUGAAUUUCGCUCAGCUCCAUGCACUGAGGCAGCAAUCUCAAUUUCCCCAUCUGCAGAAUGGAAAUAACCCUCCUUCCCUCACUGGGUACUUGCGAGGAUUUGGGGAAUAUUAAUAAGUAGGCAGCAGCCAGGCUGGUGCCUGGCACGGUGCGCACUCACCCAGCACAUUGUAACUAAAAUUCAAAUGUGUGAUCCCUGGGGCUGAAAGUUUGGCAACACUCUGGUGGUGAUCUUGCUGGGAAACAGGCACUCUCAUGACUGCGGGGUGGGUGUGUGAGUUGCUAGGAUUUCUCUGCAAGACAGUUUGGCAGUAUCUAUCAAAACUUACAAAGGCACAUGCCCUCUUUUA